AGUGUAGAAAGAUGUCGGGAUGUGAUUAAGAAAUAUUUUCAAGACUGUUUUACUUUUGGUUGUAAGAAAAUAAAGAAAAAUGUUUUGUCCACCGAAUGAAACGCUUCAACAAUUGACGGAAAAGACGAAACUACUCGCUCAGAAAUGUACACAACAAAAACGUGUGAAUGCGACGGAUCAAUUGAACACAUCAUCGUCGACAUCAUCAUCAUUAGACUUAAGCGGUCGUCAACAACAAGUGGCGACUUUUAAAAGUUACAUUUCCGAAGUUGAGAGUGAAACAAAUCCGGAAAAAAUUGAUUUGCCAAGCUCCCAACCGACACCUUUGAGUUACUUAACAGUAAAUCUGGCGUCACUAAAUCGAAUAUUCAAAAAUCGAUGUAGCUUUAUUAAUUCACCAACUUCUUAUCAUUGCAAUACAUUUCCAAGAAAAAGAGCAAAGAAAGCAACGGCAAAAUGGUUCAUCAAACCCACAUGGCGACUUUGGGGUGAAGAACGCGACAAAGACGCCAUUUAUACUGUUUACUUAAAGAAGGUGCGAUAUCAUCGACCAACGCCAAGUUACACAAAUACUCAGAAUGACAGCGAUGAUGAAAUAUCACAUCUGGAGUGGGAAACUGUAAGAGUACGUUUUGUGAAAGCAGCAACAUUGGAUCGCUUAGUGGACGCCUUGGUGACUGACGAUGGAGAACUUGAAAGCACUUUCGUUAAUGUUUUUCUCGCAACAUAUCGAACAUUCACAAAGACGGAAAAAGUUUUGGAACUUCUGCUACAAAAGUUUGAGAAUCUUAGGAACUCUGAACAAUACAAAAAGACGCUCAUAUCAGUGCUACAUCUCUGGUUAGAUGGAUAUUCAGAUGAUUGGGAUGGAGACAAUCUUCAAACGCUUUUAACAUUUACAUCAAGUCGUUUGCCCAAUUCAAAGUUACAUAUGAAAGCUUUAAAUAAAUUCACUGCUAGAUUAGAUAAAUAUUCGCGUGUGCCACCACUUUCAUGGAAUGAUCCAAUGAUGACUUCUUAUCAGGAUAUGACAGAUCAUUUCAAUGGAAUGUGCUUAUCACCAGCAUUUCGUGGAACACCAAAUUCACAUCUCCUUUCCACAUAUCGCUUUCCUAACAUUUCAGUGAAGCACUUUGCGGAACAAUUGACACGAAUGGACAUGGAGUUGUUUAAACGUUUAAUUCCACAUCAAUGCUUGGGGGAAACGUGGUCGCAUCGUGAUAAAAUUGAGUGUGGAAGUGUCUUAGCAACUGUGCUACAGUUUAACGCUGUUUCUUAUCGUGUUAUUUCCACAAUACUCAUUGAACCAAAAUUAAAGCCUCAGGAACGUGCGCUUCUAAUUUCAACAUGGGUCGAUAUCGGCCAAGAACUUCGACUGUUGAAGAACUUUUCAUCCCUCAAGGCAAUCAUUUCUGGGCUUCAGUCUAAUUCAGUCUAUCGAUUAAGCAAAACGUGGGCGGCAUUGUGCAAAGAAAAGUUUGAGUUAUUCAAUGAAUUGGCACGAAUUUUCUCGGAAGAGAAUAAUGCAUCAGCGCAAAGAGCUGUUUUGUGGCGUGAGGGAACAGCAAAGUUUGCCGAUACUGUUGGUGAGAACGACCGACAUUUACAAAAAGUCUUUCAGAAGCAAAAUACUUUCAUCAGUCAUGGAACAAUUCCGUACUUGGGGACGUUUUUAACUGAUUUGACAAUGAUUCAUGCUGCCAUUCCCGACAAAACUUCUGACAAUUUAAUUAACUUUGAUAAAAAGCGAAAAGAAUUUGAAGUGUUAGCGCAAAUUAAACUUUUACAAGGUGCUGCAAAUUCUUAUCAUCUCCCUGAGGAUCUAUUGUUUGACCGUUGGUUCGCGUCCCUUCUAGUUCUUGAUGAGAAAGAAGCACACAACAUCUCAUGUCAAAUUGAAGCUCCACCUGCUAAUCAAAUUCAUUUAAACCAGUUGUAUGUAGAGACGAAGAAAUCUGGUGGUCAUCAUAAAAGUGAUUCAAUCACGUCAAAUUCCAGUAGCGGAGUUGGUUCACAUUUCUUUUGUGACAUCAAUAAUAUAAGUUACAGUUCGAGAAAUAAUUCAUUGGAUCGAGGCAUGACGCCACCACUGAAUUCUUCUAUUCUAUCUGCAGCUAGUAGUGUGUCUUCCCUUUCCAUGGAGUCAACCACAUCGGGUAGUCAAAAUCAUAGUAACAGCAAGACACCGUCUAAAACCCCAUCAAAAUCAUCCAAUAACCAUGAACUGCCACCACACAUAAACGCCCAACUUCAACCCAAUUCCCCACUGUUAAAAGCCAAUGGCACCAACGUCGCUCCCGACUUCUACAUCAUUAAAGUAACAUGUGAGAAUGACAGUGCAGAAGUUGAUGGCAUUCUAUAUAAAAGUAUCAUGCUGUCGAAUAAUGAAAGAACACCGCAGGUAAUUCGAAAUGCGAUGAUGAAACUAGGACUUGAAGGCGAUCCAGACAAGUUUACACUUUCACAAAUUCUGCCAGAUAAAGAAUUGAUGCUACCAACAAAUGCAAAUGUUUAUUAUGCAGUUAACACACAAUUCAAUCUGAAUUUCAUUCUACGACGGAAGAAAGAUGUUUUAGUUAUUUCCUAGAUAUAAAAGCAAUUAAAAUGUGAAAAUGGUGCUUUGUAAAUAUGUAAUAAUUUUAAUUAUUUAAACAAGAGUUGUGAUCGGAUCGAUGAAUCUCCUUGUCGCAAUAAUAAAUGUAUGACAAUAUUUAAUGAUGAUAAAUUUAUGUAGAAUUUAUCUAGAAGGAUGUUUAAUGCUUUAUUAUUCACUCCCACAUAUCAGCGAAAUUUUAAUCUCAACAAUAUCAGAAAAAAACAUCGAAAAUCAAUUUUCCAGGAUCAAAUCACAUUGAAAAUAUUGUUGGGAUGUGUGGGCGUUGUAUAAUAUUUGAAAGCAAUACAUCAUGAAAUUAAAGGAGGAUUUUUUGUUGUAUGAUUAACAAUGAUAAUUUAUCAACUGACAUGGAAAGCAAACACGUUUACUGUGAGUAUUUAUUCCGGGUAUAUGAAGCUCGAAGCGUGUUAACAUUGAUUGAUGGUUGUCUAAUCCAAUAAUAUUAAUCAAAUCACAAAAAACAAGAAACCAAGAAAAUGCCAAAACAUUUAAUGUUUUCCUAUUUCUAGCGAAUGAAUUAAUUGUAGAAAGCUUCCCAUCGCCACGAACAAUAAACUUAUAACAAACGAUGGGUUUAAUGAUGAAAAGAAUAACGUCGAGAAGCUUUUUCGAGUCUUUUGAAAAAUCUGCUGCCUUUGUCCAUGUUUUUUAUUUCAUUCUCGACAAAAGCAAGGAAAAAUCGUUGCACAAAAGAAGCUAAACACUUUCGGUUUCAUCCUUUUGUGUGAGAUAAAAAAGGGUCGAAAAUAUUUAAUUUCCUCGCAAUUUUUCAAUUACAAAAAUACCACAAAAGCUUACCAAGAUGAAACUUAAAGAGAAGCAGGAUAAUUUAUAAUGUCUGCAAAACCUCAGAGUCAAAUCUUUCACUUACACACUCUCAAAAAUCGUUAUUUUGUUAUAACCUAGAGCUUAAGGUUUUACUUUUCUACAUGUAUGAGAAUUUUAAGUUAUGUAAUAAAAAAUUGAACCGAGCAUUAUAUGGAAAUUGUUUGUUAAAAAUUUG